UUGCAGAUUGUUGGUGUGCCGGACGAAAGAUACGGUGAAGUUGUAUGUGCUUGGAUAAGGCUCAGUGAGGCGGCGAAGAAUGUCACCGAAAAAGAUAUUCAAGAUUUUUGUAAGGGACGGAUUGCUCACUUCAAAAUACCGAAAUAUAUCUUAUUCAAAAAAGAAAACGAAUUCCCGCUAACAGUAUCGGGUAAAGUGAAGAAGUACGAAAUAAGAGAGCAGUCAAAAAUUGAGCUCGGUCUUCAGCAGGUGAAGCCACGAGUUGAUCAUUUCAACGGUGAUUGGACGUUCGAGGUGCAAUCAGAACGACACACCGAAAAGGAGAACAAAUUCAGUGGCAGUGAAAAUGUAUUUAAUGUUGUCGCCACGAACAGUGUUGUCAGUUGA